CCACAGCCUGGUUUCACAUUUCUCUUGAACGCAAACAACACUGGCGUCCGGCGCUGCUGCGGUACCAGUCGUGACCGCUCGACUCUACAGCUUUUCACGGCUCACGGAUGUAAUUUGUCGUGUACCACCGAACCGACCUAUUUACAGCCAUUAGUAACCGGGCUACGGUUAUGACCUAUUCUUGCAAUCAUACUGUCAAUAUAUCUGCGACUUUUUCGAAAUCACCCGGCCAGCUAACGCGCGUUAGCAGGUUAGAUGUGAUUUUGUGAGGCGCAGAGAGCCAGUACACGAGCAUCUCCGCGAUGAUUUUGUGCUCGGAACUUUAGUUUAUCACUUCGAGACGACAUCAGGUGUUUGAUUUGGUUUUUAAACGGGCAUGUUGACACUUGUAUGACGGAUCUUUACUCGGAGUAACGCGGAUCUGAGCGCUGCUUAGUUGGCUAACUGGAAGGAGCAGCUUGAUAACUUGCUGUAAAGUUUUUUUUUUGUGUGUGUGCUAAGCGGAAUUUUCAUGCGUCUUUCCUCAGGCUUGAGAAGAAGAAGAAAACCUUAAAGACUUAAUUUUUGACAUUGCAGAUGCACAACAAUAUACAGCCGAGCAUUGAUAUUUACGGCUAAAUUAGGGACCCUUUUGCCACCCGGCCUAAUAAAACUUGGAAGUCCUCGGACUCGAUUUUGCACAUUUGUGCUGGGAACAAUUUUGUUGUUUUUCAUCAGCUGACGGGUUCAGAUUAAUCUGUCUCUUCUUUAUUGCUGUAAUUUCCCAGAAAAAUUACUAGGUUAAUUGUAGAAAAUCACAUAGGAAGUCGACAUUCAAUGUUGACACCCGCCGAUAGGGUUAGUCGAAAUUUUUGAAAUAAAAUUCACGUGCCUUCCGAGACUAGUAAACAAACUAUGACUUAAUGACGGGACUUUUAUAAAAGCUAAUCUGUACUGGUUUGGGAACUCACACUGAGCUCAGGGGCUCUUUACAAGCUGGACUCUGGACACUUCUCAUCGUGUUGUGCCGAUGUCACAUUUGAUUGAACUGUGAGAGCUGUGAACACGUUCAGUUUCAGAAAAAAAAAACUGUCAAAUCCAACCUCAGAAGAUGUCGACCAGGACACCACUGUUACCUUUGAUUGACUCCACUGGCCAGUCUCACUCCGACUCAAAGCCCGGUGGGCGCUGCAACAUGCCCCACUCCACAGCAGAUGAACAGCCCCAUAUCGGCUGCUACAGGCUUCUGAAAACCAUUGGCAAAGGCAACUUCGCCAAGGUCAAACUUGCCAAGCAUGUCCUCACUGGCAAAGAGGUGGCAGUAAAAAUUAUAGACAGGACUCAGCUCACCUCCUCAAGUCUUCAAAAGCUGUUUCGGGAAGUGAGGAUCAUGAAGCUCUUGAAUCACCCAAAUAUCGUGAAGUUAUUUGAAGUGAUUGAGACCGAUAAGACCCUCUACUUGGUGAUGGAGUAUGCCAGUGGAGGUGAGGUGUUUGAUUACCUCGUAGCCCACGGCAGAAUGAAAGAGAAAGAGGCUCGAGCCAAAUUCAGACAAAUUGUGUCAGCUGUGCAGUACUGUCACCAGAAGUGCAUUGUCCACAGAGACCUCAAGGCAGAGAACCUGCUCCUGGAUGCAGACAUGAACAUUAAAAUUGCCGAUUUCGGCUUCAGUAACGAGUUCACACUGGGCAACAAGCUGGAUACUUUUUGUGGCAGCCCUCCUUAUGCUGCCCCCGAGCUCUUUCAGGGGAAGAAGUACGACGGGCCGGAGGUGGAUGUCUGGAGUCUUGGGGUCAUAUUAUACACACUGGUCAGCGGUUCUUUGCCGUUCGAUGGACAGAACUUAAAGGAGUUGCGAGAACGGGUUUUAAGGGGCAAGUACAGGAUUCCCUUCUACAUGUCGACAGACUGUGAGAAUUUACUGAAGAAAUUCCUCAUACUCAACCCAACCAAGAGAGGGAGCCUUGAGCAGAUCAUGAAGGACCGGUGGAUGAACGUGGGCCAUGAGGACGAAGAGUUGAAGCCCUACAUCGAACCACAACCUGACUACAAGGACCCUAAGAGGACAGAUAUUAUGCUACGGAUGGGGUACUCUCUAGAUGAGAUAGAAGACUCCCUGAUCAACCAAAAAUACAAUGAUGUCAUGGCAACUUACUUAUUACUGGACUAUAGGAACUCAGAGCUGGAUGAACUAUCAAUAAAGCCCCGCCUAGGCACUGACCUCACAAAUAACGCCCAAUCACCUUCUCACAAGGGACAACGCAAUACCUCCAAUCUGAAGUCCCGCAGAUCCACAGACCAAAGUACAGCAUUGUUCUGCUGCUCUCACAUGUUUUCCCUCUACACUGCAGGCUCCGUUUCCACCAAGCGUCCUCAGGGCGACAGUAAGCACAUCACUGGUUCAGGCAGCUCCAGUAAAGUCCCUCCCAGCCCGCUGAUCUCCGCAGACCAUAAGAAAACUCCUACCCCUUCCACUAACAGCAUCCUGUCCUCAGGCACCAGCCGCAGCAGGAACUCUCCAAUUACUGAGAGAGCCACUCUGGGAAUACAGAAUGGCAAGGACAGCUUGAACACUCCAGGGUCCCGCGCCUCCACCGCCUCAGCAGCCGCGGUCCUCGUCGCCUCAUCCCGCACCCGCCACCACAAGUCUUUCUCCACCUCCGCCCACCCUAGUCCCCCAGACCUCCAUGCACAUCGCCCCAGCACGGCCAACCAGAAAUCACAAGUGGUAUCCCCCUCAGCUCAGAACAUAAACAUUUCCUCAAUGACUGACCGUACCAACUUCUCCAGAGGGGUGACGAGCAGAAGCACUUUCCACGCAGGACAGCAGAGAGCCACACGAGACCAGCAAACCUCAGCGUACAAUGACCCCUCUGCCUCCCCCUCAUUUUCCCAUGGCAACAGUCAGGUGCGCCGUCCCGGGGCGGGCAUCUUCAGCAAGUUUACUUCCAAAUUUGUACGCAGAAAUCUCUCAUUCAGAUUUCCCAGAAGGAGUCCGUAUGAGGGAGAGGGUCGAGAUGAGGCCAGCAGACCCAUGUUGAGCACAGCGGACAAGAUGGAGAAGGGCACCCAAGGACUGCCUGGCGACGAAAACAAGGACUCCUUUUCUUCCACUUCUCCAGCUUCCAGCACACCCCCGUCCACCCAGGCCUCCAAGGAUGCCAAGCCACGCUCCCUGCGCUUCACCUGGAGCAUGAAGACCACCUCCUCCAUGGAGCCCAAAGAAAUCAUGAAGGAGAUCCAGAAAGUUCUGGACUCCAACAGCUGCGAGUACGAGCUGCGUGAGCAAUUCAUGCUCCUCUGCAUUUCGGGCGACCACGCGCAUGACAACUUUGUCCAGUGGGAGAUGGAGGUGUGCAAACUACCUCGCCUCUCGCUCAAUGGGGUGCGCUUCAAGAGGAUCACCGGAACCCACUUCGCCUUCAAGAACAUCGCCUCGAAGAUCACCAAUGAGCUAAAACUGUGAGGAAGACUAUCGUGUCUGUGGAAAAGAUCUUGAGGAAUGGCUGGAGCCCUUGUGUUGGGAAUGAGGAGGCACUGUGAGGAAACUCAGUUUUGAGCUCUACGGCUGCAAUGAAGAGUCUUGAGGCUGGAAAGGGGAAAAGGUGUAGAGCAGGUUCAUGGGGGACAUUUGUGCAUAUAGACAAUUUUCAGGGGGUUUAUUUUUUGGGGGAGGUGUUCUGUCUUGGUUUGGGUUUUCUGUUCCUUACUCACCCCUCCCCCUCGAAUACUUUGUGUUGUCAUCUUUAUUUUGUCAUUUUUUAUUUGUGGCUAGUUCAUUCAAAUGUGGUUUUUCUUGGACCUCACAACUGUCCUCAGUUCAGAAAACAGCGAGAAGACAUUGGUGUUAAUAAACUGGAAUUGCUUACCAGUAAUUUGUUUUUUCUACAUAAACCAGCUACUGUCCUGGAAAGCGGUUUCUAACUCUACCCCCCCAUACCUUGGUUCUUAUUCCUUGUUAAUCCCCAAAUACAAACUAUGGUAAACUACCACAUUACUUGAUCUUACUUCCAUUUCCAGGUUAGCUGUGAUGAGCAGAGAUGGAGAGAUUGGCAGUUUGACGCUCUGAAUGUACAACAUGCAAUCAAGACCCAAAUGGCUAGGCACAUUCAGUAGAGCCAUUAUUUGAAUUUUCAUAUCCAUUUGUCAUGCUCUGAUCGGUUCUGAUCUAACUAAUGAUAUGGUAGCUAAUCUGUAACCUACAUCACAGUAGAGUGUCUUAUUUGAGCUGAAAUGGAAGUUUUGACUUGAACCCUCGGUGCAGUGGAGGUGAAUCACCUCUUAGCACUCGAAGCCCAGACUAAUCGUUUUUUUUUUUUUCCCUCUACUGCAGGGGUUAUAUAUCUGAAACUAAUUAAGGGCCAAUUUAGUAAUUAUUGGUGGAUUGUAGUGUAAUUAAGAAUUGCUGGUUGGAUCCAAUCUGCUGCACUGGAAUGAGUCUGUGUUUCGUUGCCUUUCUCUGGAGAAGAUAAUUAAUAAUAUUAUUAUAUAAAUAAACCAGACCUUGGAUGA